AGUUUGAUAUUUGUAAUGCUAUAUUCGUUUUACUCCCUAUAUUGCUCAAGCUCUUGGGACCGGAUAUCUGAAGGGAGGCAAGUCCCCGGCCCCUCAACCCCCUCUUACCUGUCUCUUUGUGAAAUGAUAGCAGAAUUAUCAUUUGAAUUGUCUUUUUCAUUUCAACUUCAGGUAGAUUACGCUUGCACACCUGAGGAAGUGCAGCAACAUUUUCAAUCUUGUGGUACUGUAAACAGGGUAACUAUCCUGACUGACAAGUUUGGCCAGCCGAAAGGCUAUGCUUAUGUCGAAUUUGUUGAAGUUGAGGCUGUUCAAAACGCACUUCUGUUAAACGAAUCAGAGCUUCAUGGACGGCAGUUGAAGGUAUCUGCUAAGCGGACAAAUGUUCCUGGUUUGAAGCAAUUUCGAGGAAGGCGAUUCAACCCUUAUGCAGGAUUUCGCCCUCGGCGUCCAUUCAUGCCUGGUGCUCCAGUCUUUCCACCUUUUGGAAGGAUUCCAAGGUUCAGACGCCCCACCCGCUACAGGCCAUACUAGUGGAUUUUAGUCCGGAUUGCAUGGCCUUCCCGAGGAAAGCAUGGGGCUCCCGUAGGGAGAGACGUGUCUCCUUGUUACUCUCUUUGGUUUCCUUUGGGGAGUGCAAAGGAUGUUAUAGUUCAAAUUUUCUGUACCAUUUAAGUUAAAGGGGCUGACAUAAGUUUCAGCUUUGUCGAACAUGCUUUAGGUUUGUUGGGACACAGAAGUUGUUUCUAUUACUGGCUUGCUCAGGUGACAUGCCUCUGGGCGGCAAAAGGGAAAAACAAACGGACAGAUAUUUGUUGUAGGUGGUUAUACUCUUUGAAUUAUGCCCCUGAUUUGACGGGGGAACUAAAGGUGUGCUUUAAGUUUGACGGGCA